AUGGGGGUGGUGAGCAGCAGGAAGCAGACCAAGGACUGGGGGAUCCCCCUGAAGCUCAGAGCCCAGAACCAAGGCCCUCCGCCCCUGCCGCCCCUGGUCCUGUUCGACCACCUGGACCCUGCGCCCCCUGACCCGGAUCAGGGGGAGUGCUUCGCCGUUGCCCUGUACGAUCACUCAGCCCGCACUGCCCAGGACCUGCAGCUGCGGAAGGGGGAGAAGCUGCAGAUCCUCAGCCAGGUUGGAGCCUGGCAGCGAGCCCGGUCCCUGGUCACGGGCAGGGAAGGCCUGGUGCCCGGCAAUUUCGUGGCCCCACUGGAUGCCCUGGAAGUGGAACCAUGGUUCUUUCCAAGCAUUUGCCGCAAGGAGGCUGAGAGGCAGCUGUUAGCGCCCGGCAACAAGGCGGGCGCCUUCCUGGUCCGCCAGAGCCAGACCAGCAGAGGCGCCUUUGCUCUGUCCGUGAAGGAUGUGACCACCCAGGGGGAGGUGAUCAAGCACUACAGGAUCCACUCCCUGGACGAGGGCGGCUACUGCAUCUCUCCGCAGACGCCCCUCCCCACACUCCAGGCUCUGGUGCAGCAUUACUCCAAGAAAGGGGAGGGGCUGUGCCGACGGUUGGCCCAGCCCUGCAUGAGGCCGGCACCUCAGGACCCCUGGGCCCAGGACGAGUGGGAGGUCCCCCGGCAAGCCAUCAGGCUGGUCCGGAAGCUGGGGGCCGGGCAGUUUGGUGAAGUCUGGAUGGGCUACUACAAACAGAGAGUGAAGGUGGCCGUGAAGACUCUGAAGGCUGGGACCAUGUCCCCGGAGGCCUUCCUGGAGGAGGCAAACGUGAUGAAGAUGCUACGGCACGAGCGGCUGGUCCGCCUCUACGCCGUGGUCACCAAGGAGCCCAUCUACAUCGUCACCGAGUACAUGGCCCGAGGGUCCCUGCUGGAUUUCCUGAAGACCGAUGAGGGCAGCCGCCUGGCCCUCCCCAGGCUCAUCGACAUGGCGGCCCAGGUGGCAGAAGGCAUGGCCUACAUCGAGCGCAUGAAUUCCAUCCACCGCGACCUGCGUGCCGCCAACGUCCUGGUGUCUGAGGCGCUGGCCUGCAAGGUGGCCGACUUCGGCCUGGCCCGGAUCAUCGACAACGAGUACACAGCCCGGGACGGAGCCAAGUUUCCCAUCAAGUGGACAGCCCCUGAGGCCCUGCAAUGGGGCGUGUUCUCUAUCAAGGCUGACGUGUGGUCCUUCGGCAUCCUCCUGAUGGAGAUCGUCACCCACGGGCGCGUCCCCUACCCAGGUAUGAGCAACCCCGAGGUCGUCAGCAGCCUGGAGCGCGGCUAUCGCAUGCCCCGGCCCGACUCGUGCCCUCCAGAGCUGUACCAGGGGGUCAUCGCCCAGUGCUGGCGGAGCCGGCCCCAGGAGCGACCCACCUUUGAGUUCCUGCAAUCGGUGCUGGAGGAUUUCCACACGGCCACGGAGCAGCAGUACGAGCCACAGCCCUAG